AUGUUGCAAUUGACUAAAAGACUGAUCUUAUCAAGAUCUAUUUAUUUCCAGACAUUCAGAAAAGUAACCACAAAAUCUCACUUAGCAUCAAAUCCAUUUACUGUUGAAAAUAUGCAAAUGAUAAGAGAAUCAAAAAAUCAAUUUCCUAAACCUAAUCUAAUUAGUUUUGAUUUAUUUGGUACUUUAUACUAUCCAAAAAAGUCAGUACCUGAUCAAUAUUAUGACAUACUGAAACAUGAAUUUGGUAUUAACAAAUCAUUAGAAUCAAUUACAAAAGAUUUUCCCAAAAUAUAUGAUGAAAUGAUGAAAGAAUAUCCAAAUUAUGGUAAAGGAAAUCCCAAAUUUGAAAAUACUGAUACUUGGUGGGCUGAAUUAGUUAAAAGAAUUUAUUCAAGUGGUGAAUCAAAACAAGAUGAUGAAAAAUUAAAUGCUUUAGCUCAUAGAUUAAUUCAUCAUUUUACAAGUAAUGAAGCAUAUGAAUUAUAUCCUGAUGUAAUACCAACUUUAAAAUUUUUAAAAGACAAAAAUGUGAGAUUAGUAGCAUGUAGUAAUUCAGAUGAAAGAGCAUUAACAAUAUUGGAAUCGUUAAAAAUAAGACAAUUUUUCCAUUGUAAUGAAAUUUUACAUUGUGAUAAUGUAUUUUUAAGUUAUAAUUUAGAUCAUUCAAAAGGUGAAAAAGUGUUUUAUGAUAAAGUUGCUUUAGUUGAAUACAAAUCAGAAAUUAAUCCAAACUAUAAGGGUAAAAAUGUACCCAUAGAAUUCUUAAGUGGUUGUUAUCAAAUUGGUGAUAAUUAUAAUGAAGAUUUUAUUGGAUCUAUAAAAUCUGGUUGGAAUGGUGUUUUAUUAGAUCGUGAUGGAUCUCAUAGUCUUAAUUUAACAAAAAAUAGAGAAAGUAAUCCUCAAUAUGAUGCUUGUGCUUUAAGUCUGCAAGAAAAAGAAUUAUCUACAAAUGAUGAUUCCGAUGAUGAACCUUUGGUGCUUGCAAAUAAUAGAAUUGUCAUUACUAAUCUUACGCAAUUAUUAAAACUAUUUGACUGGAAUUAG